CAAUGAACAGCCAUGAAAUUCAACAUUUGUAUAGACUGUGUACUGAUAUCUGUAAAAUGCAAGUUAUUUCUUCAUGAAUAUGUAUUUAGCUUUUUUCUAGUUGGAACCAUUAUGAAAGUCAUUCACAGAAAUGUGCAUGGAUCCAAAUGUCAUUUUACUCUUCGCGUAUCAUUAAGUAGCUUUAUGCUUUUUUUACUCCUGCAAAGCCAAGCACUUUGCUGCCCAGAUUUUUGCAAGAUUUGCACAGAAAGACAAGUGAAUUGCCGUGGCCUGAGCCUAACUGGUAUACCAAGGAACUUACCUAAAAGCACGACUGUUCUGUAUUUCAGUGGAAAUAAUAUCACUCAAGUAAUUUCACAUGAAUUUAGAGAGAUUCCGAAACUUGCACUACUAUACUUGGACAACUGCAACAUAAGAUACAUACAUUCUACAGCAUUUAUUCCACUGACAAAGCUGUAUCACCUGUAUCUAAAUGAUAACUGUAUUAAGAACUUAGAGCCAGGCAUAUUUGAUGGGCUUUCAGAUCUACAUUAUUUACAACUGCAGAAUAACCAAAUUGCCUUCCUUCCUCAAGGCUUGUUUAACCAUUUAAAAUCAGUACAAUACUUAAUGCUUCAGAGAAACUGCAUCAGAGUCCUGAACAGUGACACAUUCUUUGGAAUGACUAGUCUUCGUUUUCUUAAUUUAGCAAAUAAUAAUCUUUCAAUAAUCUCCAGUGCAGCAUUUCAUUAUAUUGAAACCCUAGAAUAUUUGUUCCUUGAAAAUAACCAAUUAAUGGAAGUACCAUCACCUGCUCUGGGAAUGCUCAAAAACCUCAAAAAGCUCUCAAUGUCAAACAACCCCCUUGGAUCAAUAAAUCAAUUUGCUUUUAAAGGUUUAGAUUCAUUGCAAUAUUUGUUUUUGGAGAAUGCAAAUAUCAACAUAAUUAAAGAUUAUUCUUUUGAUGGACUCAUUAAUCUUAAAUAUUUAAUUCUAAGCAAGAAUAAUCUGACAACUCUGAAUUCCAAGAUGUUUACCAAUCUGAAAAAUUUGUUGAACCUCCAGCUGGAAAGGAAUAAUAUAAUGUCUAUAUCUGAAAAUGCAUUUGAAGAAAUUGGUGUUUCUCUCAAGUUUCUCAAUUUGGCUUAUAAUAAGAUAACAAUCCUACAGCCUAAAGUUCUCCAGCCAUUGAUAUCAUUGGGUCAUUUUCAAGCAAGCUAUAAUCCAUGGGAUUGUGGAUGUCAUUUGUUUGAAUUUCGAAAGUUUUUAGUAUCUUCUUCAUUUCUGUUUAGUAUUUAUUGCCAUACUCCACCGCAUUUGCAUGGAAGACCCUUGCGUAAUGUUAAAACGGAUGAAUUUAAGAACUUUCACUCCACAUAUGCCUUACCUAAAAGAAGCCAGCCUCUGGACAUAAGUGCUCCAAGCACAGUGUUUUACGGACAGAUAAAAAAUGUUACGCUUUUGUAUAAUGCAAGUUUGGAUGUCCUUUUAACAUCAACUAUAUCGGCAGUUCAUGAGUCGACUACAAGUAUUUUUCAACAAACUACAGAACUUUCACCUUUACAUUUGGAUUUACCCCCUCUUCUUCCACCAGUGAAUUUAACCAGAGGAGGGGAAAGUGUUUUACCACCUGAUAUAAUCUCUGUGUCUUUGAAACCUAAUAUUAUAUGUCAACAGGAGGUUGAAAGUCUUAGUCAAUCAUUUUACAUAUUACUCUCUUUCUUUAUAGCAUCUUGUUGCAUAAUAAUUUUUCUUAUUCUUAAAUAUAUUCAGCUGAGGAGGAGGCUAAGGAUUCCUGAAAGUCGCGGAGAAAGUGUGUUGGAGUAUUAUAGCUGUUAUCAAGCAGGCAGAUACCAAUUAACUGAUCCCAUUAGACUUGCACCAAGCUCUGAUGUUGACAUCAUAAGGCCACUUAAGCGAUCAACUUCAGAUAGUCAGACACAAGUCAUCUUGUUUGAACACUCUGUUCUCUAGUUUACAUUUCAUGUGUCACAUACACAUUGCUUAGGUGUUCAAGUAAUUGGAUUUAUAUUUAACAGUGUAUAAAUGUAUAUAUAAAUGUUUAGUAAGAGUAGCCUUUAGUAAGAGUUUGUUAAAAUGUAUGUGUGUGUAUAUAUAUAUAUAUAUAUAUAUAUAUAUAUAUAUAUAUAUAUAUAUAUAUAUAUAUAUAUAUAUGGUCUGAUGAAGGGGUGAACACCCCGAAACGUCACUGCAAUUAAAAUUCAAGUUUAUAUUUCAAGACCAG